AUGAUCGAAAUCUGUCAACGGUAUCAACAAUUGGUACUUAUUGCCCAUGGAAAUACGGUCAUGAUAACGGCAUUUUUCAUAUUUAAUAGAAAAGGAGAUAUCCUAAUCUCCAAGCUAUUUAGAGACAAUAUCCGUCACAACAUUGCCGAAGUCUUCAGAAUCCAAGUGAUUUCCAGCAAUGAAAUUAGAUCUCCAAUCCUAACCUUGGGGUCGACAACAUUCCUCCACAUCAAAAGUAAUGGCCUCUGGUUCGUGGCUGUUGCCAGGUCUAACCAAGACGCAUCAAUAAUCUUUGAGUUUCUCAACAAGUUUAGACAAUUGUUGGAGACUUCACUUUGUGGCCACAGAAAAAAUAGUGCCAACAGUAGUGACGGAAGCAGAGUAAAUGAUGUGGCCAAAAACGUCAGCCACUACAUUAAUGCAGUAUCCACCAGUGAUGGCCACCUUUGUGAAGAUGACAUAACUAACAACUUUACCGUGGUUUAUGAAUUGCUCGAUCAAGCCAUUGAGUUUGGGUAUCCCCAAAAUAUGGAAUUCGGAGUGUUACAAAGAUUCCUCUCCACCCCAGUUUAUGGCUCUAGCAACAGUGGCAGUUCAUUGAUUAGCAAAGUUACCAGUCCAAAUCUUCUAAGAUCGCCCGAUUUGAAUCGUCAUAAUACUGCAGCUACUUCAGAAGAUUUGCAAUUUGUUGGGGACGUUGGGUGGAGAAGACCGGGGAUCAAAUACAGAAAAAAUGAAAUAUUUUUGUGGGUCAACGAAGAAAUUAAUGUUUUGAUGAAUGCCAACGGAACUGUUCUACAAUCUUAUGUCAAUGGUAAUAUUCAAAUGAAGACCAAAUUGACAGGGAUGCCGGUGUGCCGUUUUGGGUUGAAUGACAGUUUGAUUAUGAACGAAACAAAAUCGGGAAACCCCUUAGAACAUUACGACGUGCCAAACACUGCUGCAAUUCCAAAAGCAGCUUCUGAUAAAGUGGUUCUUGAAGAUUGUAAAUUCCAUCAAUGUGUGGAGCUUGAUAAAUUUGAUUCUGAUAGAUUGAUCCAUUUCGUUCCUCCUGAUGAUGAAUUCGAACUAAUGAAAUACAGAUGUACUGAGAAUAUUAACUUACCAUUCCUCAUAUCGCCACAAAUACAAGAAUCGGGAAAGACAUUAUUCAACUUCAAUAUUUCCAUGAAAUCUCUCUUCCCUCCAAAAUUAUUUGCAACGAAUGUGGUGAUCAAAAUUCCAGUACCUCCUGGAUCGAUCAAGGCCAAUUUGGAAUCAACUGGUGGUAAAGCUAGGUUUUCUACAGAAGAAUGUGCUGUUAUUUGGAAGCUCAACAAAGUCACUGGCCAAGACCAAUUGGUUUUACAAGGCAGUGUUGAUAUUGUCCCUGGAAGUGUCACUAAAACAACUCAAUCAGAUACCACUUUGUCGCCUACAUUAAAUGAUUUCAAGUCGCCUAUCUUGUCCCAAAACGCACUAGGCUGGUCUAGGCCGCCGAUAUUAGUUUCCUUCAACUUGGAUAUGUUUUCAGCUUCUGGGUUGGUAGUACGGUAUUUGAAAGUGCAGGAGAAAUCAAACUAUACAACUAUGAAAUUCAUAAAGUAUAUCACCCAAGCUGGCACAUACGAAAUUAGAUACUAA